UUUACUUCACAAUCGUCCAGCGGGCCGGGCUCGAAGCUAUCUUUAGAUACCAAGAAUAUCAAACAGUCUUUUAAAAAGCCCAACUAAAAGCUACUCUUAGGCCUUAGCUCACAAUCGGCUAAUGCCUAAUGGGCCGGGCUCGAAGCCUGGAAGCUAGCUUUAAUUACCAAGAAUAUCAAACCUCUUUUUAAAAGUUCCUCGGCGACCAACAAAUCAAACCAAUCAAAGCUUGUUCCACAUCAUUAUCUACCCGCCCAUUGGUUCAUUGGAGACACGUCAUCCUCCCACGGUACUCCUCCGCCAAUCCAGAAACUUCCCUCCCUCAUAUGCCGCACGUUUAAUUGAUCUCUUCCUCGCUCGCACCCCUAUUUCCCUAGCGAACAACAGGGAGAAAGAUAAUCUUAACCUUGAAAAAAAAAAGAGAGAAACAAAUUAACCUCACUACACCCAAUCUCCUCCUUGAUCUCUCGCGUAGCUGGUUGCUUCUCUCUCGCCGACGACGGCGCUGGUCUGCCGUUCUUUCCCGUUUCGCGAUUAUGGCUCAGAAGGCUCUGCCUGUCCUCGCUCUACUCACGAUUCUUCUGUCGCUCUUCUCCGCCGCCUCCUCCUCUUCUCCGGAAUUCCAUCGCCCUCAGUAUCCGAAACCCAUCUCCGAUUUGAAAGAUGCGGUGGUGAAAGGGUUAGGGUUACACGCCGACGAUUUCAAGAUCUCGGGGUUCGAUUUGAAGGAUGCGCUUGUGGGGCACUCCGUGGCUUACGAAUUCGACGUCGAGAUUGACAGCCAAGCGAUCCCGUUCAAGCUGUUGGAAGAUGUGAAUCGGUGGGAGUACGUCGACUUGCCUAUGUUUAGGAUGGAGGAAGAUGAGAAUGCCGUGGCAGAGAAAAGAAAUGGGAACCCUUUGCCGGUAUUGGCCCCGUUCCAGCUUGCUGGUCCCAUGGAGAUUUGGAUUCAGGAUGCCAAGGAUAUGCGCCUCUCUUUACCGCAUGAUGUGGAUGCUGGAGUGUUGAAGAAAGUAAUAUUAGCAGAUGGUGCUGUUGUCACAGUGAAGGGUGCAAGAUCAGUUAGCUUACGCCACCCGAUUGAUCUACCACUGCCCCUCAACAGGACUGAGAAUGGUUUUGCUGCGGGUCUUCUUUCUCUUGCAGAGCAGCUACGGCAGACAUCCCGAGCUGAGGGUGCUCCUCUCCUUUCUCUGCGAAUUGUAGGUCCCACCAACUUGGAAUCCCCAACCUCCACUACACCAUCAUCUAGUAACAAGCUCAAGCUCAAGCGGCUCGGCCCAGGCCUAGUGGAGUUAUCGUCUCCCAUGAUGUUCAAUGCUCUAUCUACAGAUGAUCUUGAAGAAGCUGCUACCACUGUUUUGACUCCCAAACAUUUCUCCACAAUGUGGCCUCUCGCUUCAUUGAAUGGUUCCCACGCUAAUUUAGUUGGCUUUGAGAAACUGCUCGCCUCUGUGCUGGGUGCCAAGGCCAAUGAGAAGGGUUCCUUCAAGCUGUUGAAGGCUGAUGUUUCGGCACAGACCUAUGUGAAGAUAGGUUUCGGUGUAGAGAAGAAACUGAAAGAAGGAGAUGGAAUUGUUCUAGAGGGGUUUGCAGACUGGAGGACCAAGCCAGAGUCAGUAAGGAUGCAUUUCGAGGUGCUGGCCAAAGUUGACGGCCAGAAGGUUAUACCGGAGAGAGUGGUGCAGCUGAACCCAGUCACCAUUGAAGAUACCGUAGCACAUAAUGUACUAGCAGGAAACAUAACCAUGUCUAAGGUUCCAACUGUUUACACGCCCUCCAAUCCCUUCACUCUGUGAACCGGUGAAGUACGUGCAUGCCGAAUUGAGUUUUGCUGGAAGCUGUUUGUAAAGUUGUCAUCUUUUUCCCUCUUCUGUUUGUUACCUUUUCAACUCCGGUUUGAUUAUACCUAGAUAUGUAUACUGUAAAUGUAAUACUGGUGCAUGAACUAUUUGCAGAAAAGAAUCUACCAUUUGAUCUAAUGAAAAAGAAUCUCUCUU